CCCCGGCAUCUUGCCGAAAGUCCGUGUACGUAAGUGUGCGCGCGCGCGCGAGGCAGCCGGCAGACCGAAGCUAGCCGAGGAGGCAGGUUCUAACUCCCAACUCCAAUGAGCUCGCAGCCAGACACACACUCUCACUCUCAGACACACACUAAACACUCUGCUCGGCGCUCUCUCUUCAACCCUGGGACACGGAGGAGCAGCAGAAAGAAGACGGAGCGGAGGAGAGAGGGGGAGAAAGGCAAGAGGGAGACUGGCGGAGUGUGAGGGAGAUCAACCAUGGCUUCAGAUCCGGGGCUGGCUGUGAUACUGCUGUGGACUAUAUCACUCAGGGCUGUGGGCGCCGCAGGAACCAGCAGCAAUGAGGUGAAUCUCCUUGACACGACAACGAUAACUGGAGACUGGGGCUGGCUGACGUAUCCAUCCCAUGGGUGGGAUGCCAUUAACGAGAUGGACGAGUAUUUUACCCCCAUUCACACGUACCAGGUGUGUAACGUGAUGAGCCCCAGUCAGAACAACUGGCUGAGGUCCAGCUGGAUCCCUCGAGAAGGAGCCAGGAGGAUCUACAUCGAGGUCAAGUUCACCCUGAGAGACUGUAACAGCAUGCCUGGAGUUCUGGGAACCUGCAAGGAAACCUUCAACCUGUUCUACUAUGAGUCGGACAGAGCCGUGGGCUCGGCCAUUCGGGAGAACCAGUUUAUUAAGAUCGACACUAUUGCUGCAGACGAGAGCUUCACAGGCGUGGACCUGGGGGUCCGCAGACUGAAGCUCAACACUGAGGUGAGAGGGGUGGGCCCUCUGAGCAGACGGGGCUUCUACCUGGCCUUCCAGGACAUCGGUGCCUGCAUCGCCCUCACCUCUGUCCGGGUCUACUACAAGCGCUGCGUGGGCGUCAACCGCAACUUGGCAGUUUUCACGGACGUAGUGACGGGGGCCGACUCAUCCUCACUGGUGGAGGUCAGGGGUCAGUGCGUUGACCACGCUGAGGAGAGAGAUACCCCUAAGAUGUACUGCAGCGCAGAGGGCGAGUGGCUGGUCCCCAUCGGACGGUGUGUGUGCUCAGCUGGCUUUGAAGAGCACAGAGACUCCUGUGUUGCCUGUGAGGUGGGUUUCUAUAAGCCGGUGGCCGGCGACGGCCCGUGUGGGAAAUGUCCCCAACACAGCCACUCGGAGACCAGAGCCGCCGUCUCCUGUCCCUGUGACUCCAACUACUACAGGGCAGCAGAUGACCCGCCAGCAGCACCCUGCUCCCGCCCUCCAUCCGCUCCAGUGAACGUCAUCUCCUCAGUCAAUGGAACGUCUGUGGUUUUAGAGUGGGAUCGGCCGCUGGACACCGGGGGACGCAGCGACCUGCAGUACAGCAUACUCUGCCAGAGGUGCUCUGGGGACGGGCCGUGUGAGGACUGUACAGCUUCCCCCGGAGGCAGCAGUGGGGGGAAGGUGGGCGGCGGGGCCAGCAUCGGGCUGGGAGGAGGAGGCAUCGUGGAGCGCUCCGGCAGCGCCGCGGUCCGAUUCAUCCCUCGCCAGAGCGGUCUGACGGAGUCCCGGGUUACGGUGCUCAACCUGGUGGCCCACACCAACUACUCCUUCCGCAUCCUGGCCACGAAUGCUGUGACACACCUGAGCAACGAGGCCUCACAGUAUGCCGUGGUGAACAUCACAACAAACCAGGCAGCCCCCUCGGAAGUGUUAUCCAUCCGCCAGGAGAACGCCAGUCAGAACAGCGUGACUCUGAUGUGGCAUGAACCCGACCAGCCCAAUGGAGUCAUCCUAGAGUACGACCUCAAAUACUAUGAGAAGGACAAUGAAGAGCAGAGUUACUCCACCCUAAAAACUAGAAACACCAGUGCUCUGGUGUCAGGACUGAAGCCAGGGACAAAGUACAUCUUCCAGGUUCGGGCCAGAACGUCGGCAGGCUGUGGACGCUUCAGCCAGAACGUCGAGAUCCAGACUGGAAAAGCAGCUCCUCUGCGUUACAACACUAUGACCAUCAUCUGGAUCUCCUUGGCCCUGGUGUCCGGCCUGGUCGCCUUCCUGGCCAUCAUCAUCUGCAGGAAACGGCAAGGCUACACUUUACCACACUACCCGUCGCUGCUACACUGUGGCUACAGCAAAGCGUUCCAGGACUCCGAUGAGGAAAAGAUGCAUUACCAGAAUGGUCACGUGUCAUUCCCCGACGCGAGGUUCUAUAUCGACCCGCACACAUACGAGGACCCCUGCCAGGCAGUCCACGAAUUUGCCAGAGAAAUUGAAGCUUCCAGGAUCAAGAUCGAGAAAAUCAUCGGCUCAGGAGAAUUCGGAGAGGUGUGUUACGGACGGAUGAGGCUUCCUGGGAAGCGGGACAUCCCCGUGGCGCUGAAGACGCUGAAGGCGGGAUACACUGAGAAACAGAAGAGGGACUUCCUAGCUGAAGCGUCCAUCAUGGCCCAGUUUGAUCAUCCAAACGUUAUCCGACUGGAAGGGGUGGUAACUCACAGUAAACCGGUGAUGAUCAUCACAGAGUACAUGGAGAACGGCUCUCUGGACGCCUUCCUGAGGAGACACGAUGGUCAGUUCACCGUCAUCCAGCUGGUCGGGUUGCUGCGCGGCGUGGCAGCAGGUAUGACCUACCUGUCCGACCUGGGCUACAUCCACCGUGACCUGGCCGCCCGCAACAUCCUGGUCAACAGCAACCUGGUGUGUAAGGUAUCUGACUUUGGCCUGUCCAGAGUCCUGGAGGACGACCCCGACGCUGCAUACACCACCAGUGUGAGUUUUCACAUUGAGGGCGGAAAAAUCCCAAUCCGCUGGACGGCUCCGGAGGCCAUAGCCUACAGGAAGUUCUCCUCCUCCAGCGACGUGUGGAGCUACGGCGUGGUCAUGUGGGAAGUGAUGUCGUACGGAGAGCGGCCGUACUGGAAUCUCACCAACAGAGACGUCAUUAAGUCUGUGGAGGAGGGCUACCGGCUGCCCGCACCGAUGGGCUGCCCUGCAGCCCUGCACACGCUCAUGCUGGACUGCUGGCAGAAAGAUCGCAACGAGAGGCCGCGCUUUUGCCAGAUAGUCACCAUUCUUGACAAGCUAAUCCGCAACCCAGAGAACCUGAAGUCCAUGGACACUCUCUGCAGUUUAAGCAGUCCUCCAUUAAUGGAGAGAGCCAUCCCUGACUUCAGCAGCUGUAACUCCGUAGACGAAUGGCUGGACACCAUAAAGAUGGGCCGAUACAAAGAACACUUUGCAGCAGGGGGCUUCCACACUCUGGGACACGUCAUAAGCAUGAAGCAGGGGGACAUCCAGAGGCUCGGCGUGACGCUCAUGGGUCAUCAGAAGAAGAUCAUGACCAGCGUCCAGCUAAUGAGAGCGCAGGUCCUCAACAAGAGCGUCCCAUCGGUCCACGUAUAACUCCAGAGCCGAAGUUACUGACCGCGUUACGGGCCCAGGCUUUUGUAAGGCCGAGAAGGACGCCUUGAAAUACAAAAACGACAGGUAAACAGGACGAGACGCUAUCUAAGAACUCUCCAAGAUUUUUACUUGAGAAUUUAAGAACAAAACGUAAAAGGAUCGCCUGUGGAAGCAAGGAAACGUGACAUCUUUGGGACCUACCUUUUCUUUUUCUCUUCCUACUGAAUACAGUUUUAUCUCUUGUUUAAGAAUGAAAAGACUGCCUUAAUUAUGACAUAUUAUUUUAAGUUUGUUGUCUACAAUGAAAAAAUAAUAAUAAUUUAUGGUGAAUAUAUGAGAGUAGUGUGACUUCCAGUCCCAGGGAAGAGCCUGAGCCCUGCAGUGAUGUAGCACGGGUCGCGCGUUUGGAAACGUUCUGAUGCCGCUGCAGAAAGGCAGCAAUAAACUUUAGAAGAGAGCGGUUCAGAAUGAGACUGAAGUGGAGAACAUGAGCUGGGGCUCACCAGAGGGCCUGGGUUGUCUCCAGCUUCACCCCAGAUUUGAGCUCUGACAGCGGGCUGCGGUGUCAGACCUGCUUCCCAACACGAACCACGCUGGAGCUCUAGAACCUCCUGGCCGGCCGGCCUGCAGCUGCUGUACUUGGGAGAUGUGUAUAACUCAACUGUAGUGCACUUUAUUCUACAAUCUUUCCGUGUUCAAGAGGCUUUCUGGUCGAAACACAACUGAACACACGGCGCUAGCUAAAGGAUUAGGUGAUUUAUCACAUCUUUUAUUUGCCAGACAAUAAAUAUGCGAAUCUAAAAGCUAAAGCCAGCAACACUCAGACAGUUGGGAGAUGCUUCUGGUUUUUGUUUUGUUUUGGGGGGUUUUGUGUGUGUUAACAUUACAUGCGGUGCACAGGUAAAUCUGUGGCCAGCUUGCUGAAUAAGGGAUUCGAAGUCUACCUCACGCUCUCAGCAGGAGACAGAUCUGGACUGCAGGCAGGCCAGCUGAGCACAACGUUAGUAUCUGAAAUGUUGCAAUAGAAAUAAAACUCCUGAGAAACAAAACAAUGUUGUGACUUUAGCAUGUUUCCAAAGUAGCAUUCAGUUAUCCAUGCUGUACCAUCCCAUAAUAUCAGAAAUAUGGACUUUUACAUGUUUUUUUUUUGUAUUUAGAUUUAAUAUUUAAACAGUCAAAACCAGGCUUUUGUGAUACUGUAUAAUGUUGUUUUGAUCCAGCUCUCUUUGCUUCAACAACGUCCUUGCUGCAACAGUUUAGCUUAACAAACAGUAACAUAAAAACAGUUUUUAUGUUACUGUUGACAUAUUCAAAUUUCUAAAGAUGAAACAUUUAAAUCUAAGAACGUCUUUGUAAUCCACUCAGACGGUAAGUGACAUAUGGUUGUCACUAAAAUGUGGUUUUUAGUUCAUAUUUAGUUAACAAUAAAGCUACUCUCGUUGCCUCUCCUAACUGUCUAGAGUGUUAUGGUGCUAAUAAACAGAAAUGACGCCAACUCUAGAUUUUCGAUUUUGUCUGGCAUGUAAAGGCUCAAAGAAAUUAACGACAGAUUCGUUUUUUUUGCUUAAUUAAAAAAGAAACCUUUGAAAAUAAGGUUUGUAUAUAAAUUAAUAUAUUUUAUAUUGACUAUAUAAACACACAUUACAAUGUGUUUUAAAAAGCACAUCAUUUGACAGGUUUUAUGGAGUCCAUUCUUAAAGGGAUGCAUUUUCUUAUUAGAGCAGCCUUUGAUUCAGGAAUUAAUUCAACGUAAGCACAUCUUUAAUGAAGAAAAAAAGUUUUACUUUCUUAAAGAAGAGAAGUUUCACAUCAAAGUGAAUCUGUGACGAGGCAAUGCGGUGGCACAGCUGCCAGCACCACCGUCUUACAGCAAGAAUCUCCUGGGUUUGAAUCCUGGCUUUGCUUUCUGGGUUGUUGUUGUUUGCAUGUCGUCCUUCGUAGAUGCAUGGGUUCUCCCCGGGUACUCCAGCUUCCUCCUGCUGCUCAAAACUAUACGUGUAAUUUACCCUUUUGUGUGUGUGUAUGAUUGUGAUGGGCUGCUGAUUUGUCUGAGAUGUUCCCCCUGUGCUGUCCAAACAUAUUUGCGCCCACACAGAUUUCUCCUGGGAUUCUUUUUGACACAGAUCAUUAAACACAUUUUAAUAUCAGACAAAGAUAACACGAAUAAAUACAUAAAGGAGGUUUUAAAAAUAAAUUUAAUAAUGAAAAGAGCCCCUGCACUCCAACCUAGCUGUAGGUUGGUUUCAUAUACAACUUGUCUGUACAUGAAAAAGAAAUCACUCAUUAAACCUGAUGGCUUAGCUUAGCUGUAACAGCUGCCAUGGAGCCUUAUUAUCUGGCAGUGAGUCUUUUAUUUUGAAGGAAUUUUGGCCUGCUGUUUUUAGCAGGAAGAAAAGUUGGAGUGUUUUUUGGGGGGGGAGUUAACAUGGACAUCCUGUCUAAGGAUCUCAAUCGGAGUUAAGUAUAGACUUUGACUAGGCCAUCCAAAACCUUCCACUGUUUCAGAGGCUGGUGCUGCAUAAGCCAGCACCAUCAAGAGCAGGCUUGAUGUUACAACUAAAACCUUUGUAAGAUGAAAUAACUAGAAAAGGACUUCGGAAUAAAACUGAUUUGUCCUUAACAAGAACUUUGCAAAAUUAUCUGUUUCCAUUGAUCAGAUAAUUGCACAAUUUGACUCUAUUUAUAUUCCUGUAAUAAAUCAAAAUCAUUAGAAAACAGUGUUUCACAUUAAUCCAGGUUGUCUUUGUCUGUUAGUAACAUUUGUUUGACAAUUUAAACUAUUUGUCUGUACUGUUAGCUCAUAGCUGGCUAACUCCAACACAGUAUCUAACUUUAUAGCUGCCAAUUUAAACAAAUUAAUAAGAAGUUGUGUAAUUUAGGUAGCACUCUUAAAAUAACAGGAUUAAAGUAAAUUAUGAGCGUUUGUUAAAAAAAAGAUA